CCCCUGAACUCACCACCUACAACAAGUUUGACAGCAGUUUUCUCUCUGUGUAGCAACACAGCUGGACUUUCCCACUUUGGACAUCGUUUUUGAACGUUUUAGUUAUUUUAAUUAACAUAAACAUGUUAAUUAAAAUGAGGACUUUUUUGUGACCAUAGGUUUGGUCACUUUUCCCCCCCUCUUUUGUUGUUGACUCAAGGUGGACCCCUUGAUACUUUGCUGCUGUUUUUCUUCUGGUCCAUAUCUGGGGUUUUUUUUUCCUGUUUUUUUUUUGUUUUUUAAAGGGAUUUAAAGAUGUCGAGGAGUGCGCAGGAGGUGAACAAGAUCACUGAAAGUACAUACAAGAAUGUGAUGGAACAGUUCAACCCGGGUCUGAGGAACCUGGUCAACCUGGGCAAGAACUACGAGAAAUCUGUAGCCGCAAUGGCCUUGGCGGGAAGAUUGUAUUUUGACGCCGUGGCUAAAAUUGGGGAAAAUGCAGCAGUUUCUCCCGUGUCCAGAGAUUUAGGAAUGGUGCUGAUGGGUAUCUCAGAAGUCCACAGAAAAGUAAUUUUUGAGUUGGAGGACAACUUUAAAAGGUUCCACAUGGAGAUUAUUGGAGAACUGGAGAGAAAAACAGACAUGGAUGUCAAAUACAUGACAGCCACGUACAAGAGGUACCAGAUGGAGCAUAAGAUGAAGCAGGACUCUCUGGAGAAAUCCCAUGCGGACCUGAAGAAGCUGAGGAGAAAGAGCCAAGGCAAGAACGCCAACAAGUACGAGUUCAAAGAGAGCGAGUGCAUGGAGACGCUAACCAACCGCCAAAUGGACAUGCAGCUGUUCAUCGCCGACGGCUGCAAAGAGGCCCUGCUGGAGGAGAAGAGACGCUUCUGCUUCCUGGUGGACAAACACUGCAUGUUUUCCUAUCAGAUCGCAUCGUUUCAUGACAAGGCAAGAGACACAUUGAUGGCAAGGCUGAACAGCUGGCAGGACCAGUGUAACGACGCCACUGACAUGCCUGAUAGCAUCCUGACCAUGAUCGAGGGACUGCGCACGCCCGUCUCCUUAACGCCGCUACCCUCUCCCAGCCCCUCGCGGCACAGUGUGAGCUCGGCUCCACCUGCUCCUUCUCAGAAGGCUCACAUCAGCCCUCUUGUGAACAUGUUUAACCCCGAGAACAAAACCACCAGUGUAACCACAACCAGCCACAACAACACAGACCAGGACAACAACGGAGACAGCAACAUGGCCAGGUCGGUGUCUGUGGCCACGGGCCUCAACAAGGUGGUGAAGAGGCAGCGGGUGCGCACCAUCUUCCCUCACACGGCCGGCGGCAACAACACCUUGCUCAACUUUGACGAGGGGGACGUCAUCAUCCUGCUCAUACCGGAGGAGAAAGACGGCUGGAUGUACGGCGAAAUGGAGAAGAAUGGAAAGAGGGGCUGGUUCCCUUCGUCGUACUGCCGUGCUUUAUCCGAGCCCCUCGUGAACAACAACAACAGUGUGUCGGCAGCCCCGUACCGCAGCAGAAGCGUGGUCAACCUGCACCACCAAGACACGGAAACGGACGAGGCCACCAUGAUCCUCCCGCCGGAGGACUACAGUGACAGCCCGCGGCGCGGCGCCAUCAAGACCAACGUGUCUUCCACGACAUCCACUGCAAGCAGCAGCGUCACCACCAAUAAUCACAACUACCAGCAUUCCCCCACGCCCUCCGCCGUCUCCUCCUCCUACACCAAUCACCAGACGACAAACCAGGCUAACGGCGUCUCAAGACCUUCACCUGCCUACCUGGCGGGAGGGAACCCAUUCUCCACAGUACGACUACGCCCCACCGUCACCAACGACCGCUCAGCGCCGGUCAUCUGAUCUCCGGUCCCGCCUGCAUCUCUUUGUUGGCGUGAACAUAAGCACACGGCAAGGAAAUUUUUACCGGACUGAAGCUCCUGUAUUUAAACCAUCUCUGAAUAUUCCCAGGUUUUAUUUGAGCUGGUGAUCACGGACUAUGGCCACAUUCCCCAAGGUGUUUGUGUUGUUUGGUUCACCGUCACAUUGUCUGUGAUCCAUCGACAACAUGAGGCACACGGUCUUUAAAGUGCAGUUGUUGGACAUAAACACACCUUCGAGCAGUUAGUGCAGAGGGACGACGUGGCCUUAAGGACCUUGUAGUGCAUGUUACAUCUGCAUUUGAAGACUUUAGUCUUUGUACAUCUUAUUGUUUUUAUUUUGGUCUUGGAUGGCAAACUUUGUAGAGUUUCAUCAUGUCGGAAAAAUAAAACUUUAUUUCUUCAA